AUGUCUCCAGCCCAUCAACGUCUUGUGCGUACAUCGGACGCAAUUCGGUCGAGAUCGACCGGGAUCCCCGCGUCCACCCUGUGGCGGCGGGCCAAUGACAAGCCUUCUGUCGCCGACAAAGCUGCCAAUCAGCAGUAUCUCACCCCGCAAGAGGAGCAAGCCCUCGUUGAAUAUAUAUUGCGGCUGGCAGACAGCGGCUAUCCUCUUCCAGUUAAGUUUCUAAGAUCGCUCGCCCUGAUCAUCGUGCGCCAGCGGUCUUCGAUUUUCCAGAUUACAGACCCCAGCCUCAAGGUCCGACCUCCGGGAAAGAAUUAG